CCCGCCUUUUAGGCGCCCGCGCGGCUGGGACAUCCCAGUCCCGGUUGGUCCUCCUCGCCCGCCACCCGUGCGACCAUUCGCGCAGCCAGCCCAGUCAGCCCGGUCCACCACACAGCCCGCCGGCCGGCCGGUCUCCCACCGCAACCAUGGACGCCAUCAAGAAGAAGAUGCAGAUGCUAAAGCUGGACAAGGAGAAUGCCAUCGACCGCGCUGAGCAGGCCGAGGCCGACAAGAAGCAAGCUGAGGACCGCUGCAAGCAGCUGGAGGAGGAGCAGCAGGCCCUCCAGAAGAAGCUGAAAGGGACGGAGGACGAGGUGGAAAAGUAUUCUGAAUCAGUGAAGGAUGCCCAGGAGAAACUGGAGCAGGCUGAGAAGAAAGCCACCGAUGCUGAGGCAGAUGUGGCCUCCCUGAACCGCCGCAUUCAGCUGGUAGAGGAGGAGUUGGACCGGGCGCAGGAGCGCCUGGCUACAGCCCUGCAAAAGCUGGAGGAGGCUGAGAAGGCAGCUGAUGAGAGUGAGAGAGGAAUGAAGGUCAUCGAAAACCGAGCUAUGAAGGAUGAGGAAAAGAUGGAGCUGCAGGAGAUGCAGCUGAAGGAGGCCAAGCACAUCGCUGAAGAUUCAGACCGCAAAUAUGAGGAGGUGGCCAGGAAGCUAGUGAUCCUGGAAGGAGAGCUGGAGCGCUCAGAAGAGAGAGCUGAGGUGGCUGAGAGUAAAUGUGGGGACCUAGAGGAGGAGCUGAAAAUUGUUACCAACAACUUGAAAUCCCUGGAAGCCCAAGCGGACAAGUAUUCCAGCAAAGAAGAUAAAUAUGAAGAGGAGAUCAAAGUGCUGGAGGAGAAGCUAAAGGAGGCUGAGACCCGAGCGGAGUUUGCCGAAAGGUCGGUGGCAAAGUUGGAGAAAACCAUUGACGACCUGGAAGACGAAGUCUAUGCACAGAAGAUGAAGUACAAGGCCAUCAGCGAGGAGCUGGACAACGCACUCAACGACAUCACCUCCCUCUGAGCCUCUCACCAGUGUGGCCCGUGGGCCCUUCUCUCUUCUCCUUUCCAUUCUCUGUAUGGGGAGGGGGGCAAGCAGGAGGAGCAGAAAUUGCCAACAUUGCACAGCCAGGCUGGACGCAGCCUAGGAGAGCCCCCGUCACAGCUGCUGCCCACCCUGGCAUUUGCUUCAUCCUUCUAUAUCCAUCCACUCCUUCCUCUACCCGCCAGCCUCUCCCGCUCUCUGCUGCUUAAUAAACUCAACUUGGUCUCCA